AUGGGUUCUUUGAAAAAGAAUGGCGGCGUAAGCGGUGCGAUUCUGUCGAGGAUAGCGACCAACGAUCAACACGGCGAGAACUCAGAAUAUUUUGAUGGGUGGAAAUCUUACGACAAAGAUCCCUUUCACUUUUCUCGUAAUCCCCAUGGUGUUAUCCAAAUGGGUCUUGCAGAGAAUCAGCUUUGCUUAGAUUUGAUCAAAAACUGGAUCAAAGAGAACCCAAAAGCUUCCAUUUGCACCGCUGAGGGUGUUCAUCAGUUCAGCGACAUCGCUAAUUUCCAAGACUAUCAUGGCCUUAAAGAAUUUAGAGAGGCGAUCGUAAAAUUCAUGGGAAAAGCAAGAGGUGGUAGAGUGACGUUUGAUCCGGAGAGGGUAGUUAUGAGCGGCGGUGCCACCGGAGCCAAUGAAACAAUAAUGUUCUGCCUCGCAGAUCCCGGCGACGUUUUUCUUGUUCCCUCCCCUUACUACGCUGCAUUUGAUAGAGACUUGAGGUGGCGUACAGGUGUCGAGACAAUCCCAGUUCAUUGUUACAGCUCCAACAAUUUCAAAUUAACCGUCGAGGCCGUCGAAUGGGCCUACAACAAAGCCCAAGAGUCCAACAAAAAAGUCAAAGGUCUAAUUUUGACCAACCCAUCAAACCCGCUCGGUACAAUGUUAGACAAGGACACACUCGAGAACUUAGUCCGGUUCGUCACGAGGAACAACAUUCACUUAGUCGUUGACGAGAUCUACGCCGCCACGGUCUUCGCUGGAGAAACUUUCGUGAGCGUCGCUGAGGUGGUCAACAACGCGGACAGCUCCGAAGUCAACGUUGACUUGAUUCAUAUCGUCUAUAGUCUUUCUAAAGACAUGGGACUUCCUGGUUUUAGAGUCGGUAUAGUGUAUUCUUACAACGACUCGGUUGUGUCAUGCGCAAGAAAAAUGUCGAGUUUUGGACUAGUUUCGUCCCAGACACAGCUCAUGCUUGCUUCAAUGUUGUCUGAUGAUCGGUUCGUGGAGAAUUUCCUUAUAGAAAGCUCGAGAAGGUUGGGGAUAAGGCACGGAGUUUUUACCUUAGGACUCAAGAAAACAGGGAUUACUUGCUUGACAAGCAGCGCGGGUUUAUUCGUGUGGAUGGAUCUGAGACAUCUACUAAGAGAUCGUAAUUCAUUUGAGUCUGAGAUCGAGCUUUGGCGUAUAAUCAUCAACAAAGUUAAGCUUAAUGUUUCGCCAGGGUCUUCCUUCCACUGCACGGAACCUGGAUGGUUUAGGGUUUGCUUUGCCAACAUGGAUGAUGAUACUCUCCACGUAGCACUUCAACGAAUUCAAGAUUUCGUGUCCAAGAACAACAACAAGAUCGUUGAGAAAACAUCGGAUAGUGAUCAGAUAAUUCAGAACAAUAACGCUAAGAAGCAGAAAUGGAGGCAGGGAAAUCUCCGACUAAGUUUCCGACGACUUUACGAGGAUGGACUCUCGUCACCGGGGAUUAUGUCACCACACUCACCUCUUCUCAAAGCAUGA